AAACGUUGGCACCGAUGGUUCAACACCUGCCACACAUCUGAGACGCACUCGGUCGCCAAGUACGAUUCACACUAGCAUUAUUCAAACACUAUCAUUGACACGUGCCCCUCCUCCCUACAGUCCAGGCUUCUCUUCAAAGUUUAAAAGCCGGCCCUCGACCACACAAGCAGCAGCGCAACAUCACUAAAGAACGGAGAAUGGUAAUGUCUGCGCUCAGCCCAGAGCUCUUCUCCCUACCCCAACAAAUACAAUGGCAGCUCCUCUUAGCACUCCUUCCAGUCAUCUCCCUCAUGUUCUUGUCGAAGAGACUGAGCAACAAAGGGCUCAGGUUGCCGCCGGGCCCAGCCCAGGUGCCGAUCCUGGGGAACCUUCACCAGCUAGGUCCGCUGCCGCACCAGAGCUUACGGGACUUGGCGCGGCAGCACGGGCCGGUGAUGCAGUUGCAGCUCGGCACGGUGCCAACGGUGGUGGUGUCGUCAGCUGAGGCAGCGCGGGAGGUGAUGAAGACGCAUGACGAGGAUUGUUGCACCCGGCCUGUGUCCCCAGGGAUGAAACAGCUGUCCUACGGCCAAAACAACGUUGGGUUCGCGCCGUACGGUGCCUACUGGCAGAAGAUGCGCAAGUUCCUCGUGGUCGAACUCUUUGGCGUGCGCCACGCCAAGGCUGCAUGGCAAGCACGCGAGCAUCAGGUGGAGAAACUGAUGAGCACUUUGAGCGGCUUGGCCGGAGAGCCGGUAGCGCUCAAGGAGCACAUCUUCAGCCUGGCCGACGGCACCAUCGGCAUGCUAGGGUUCGGCGACAUGUACAACAGCGACAAGUUCCCACACCACAAGAACUUGGAGCACGUGCUCGAGGAGGCCACACACGCGCAGGCCAGCUUUUCCGCCGAGGACUACUUCCCCAACAUUGUCGGACGCCUAGUCGACCGAAUCACCGGCCUCGCCGCUCGCCGUGAACGAAUCUUCAAGCAGCUUGAUACCUUCUUCGAGAUCAUCAUUGAGCAGCAUCUCGACCCUCAGCGCGUCAAGCCUCACAACGGCGACCUCGUCGACCGCCUCAUCGGCCUUUGGAAGGACAACAGUGGCACCCUCAGCAUCACAAGAGACCAUGUCAAGGGCAUCAUCUUUGGCACGUUCAUUGGUGGGUCCGACACGGCCUCGGUGACGAUCCUAUGGGCAAUGGCGGAGCUGGUCCGGAAGCCGCGACUACUGAAGAAGGUGCAAAACGAGAUCAGGGCCAUGGCGGGCGGCAACGAGAGGGUGCGACCGGACGACCUGGCCAAGCUGAGCUACCUCAAGAUGGUGGUGAAGGAGACACUACGGCUGCACCCGCCAGCGACGAUGUUGCUGCCGAGGGAGGCCAUGCAGGACAUCCAGAUUGGCGGCUAUGACGUGCCAGCCAAGACGCGGAUCUAUGUGAACGUGUGGGCCAUUGGCAGGGACCCGGCAAGCUGGCCUGAUGACUCAGAGGAGUUCAAGCCAGAGAGGUUCGAGGCGAGCGAGAUAGACUUCAAGGGUGCACAUUUCGAGCUAACGCCAUUUGGCGCGGGGCGGCGGAUAUGCCCUGCACUGUCUAUGAGCACGGCCACGGUGGAGUUCACGCUGGCCAACCUGUUGUACUGCUUUGAGUGGGCGCUUCCGGAGGGGGCGGCAGUGAGCACGGAGGAGGAAGGCAAGCUCAUCCCCCUCCUCAAGACGCCGCUCGUGCUGGUGCCCACCGCGUAUCAGCGGCCGGACAACUGAUCUCCGGUCAAAAUUAAUAUGCUCCCAGCUAGGCAGCUAUAGGAUAAUUAAGCAUGUGAUGGUAUAUCACCUAUUAAAAUAUCAAGUAUAUUAAUUCAAAUAGAAUUGGCACCUGUUGUUGUGCUAUAUGAUGCAUGUGUGCUUGGUAGUUUGUCUUUGGGAAGCUAGCUAUCUUUAUAUAUAUGGAUAAAGAAAAACAGAGAGAUUGUGUGGCCAUAAUUGUCCUGAAACAGAUGAGAAUACAAGAUUGUCCUAAUUUCUAUGGUGGUUGGUGGAGCUGAGCAUCAGGAAACCAUCCACCUCUUUAAAAAACGAAUGUUGGAUGCUUCUGGCUAGCUAUCGCCGUCCGAUGAUGAGGACGACAGCUACGGCAACGUUUCUAUUUUCAGAAUUGCUAUG